AUGGAUUUGCUGUUAAAAUUGUGUUUAUGUUUUUCCUCUCACAAUCUUCAUCAGUUAAUAGAUAGUCUUUGAUUUUUAAUUGUCAAUAACCAAUUUGUUUUUAACUAACUUUAUAAAAUCCAAUUGCCAAAUGGAUUAAUUUCAUCCUGAAAAGAUUCUAACAUUGAACAUCCUACAUUUGUACUUUUGAAUGACACAUCAACAUGUAAUGUUUUGCUAUCAAGGUGAUACCUAAAUUUUUAAGAUUAUAUGAUUGCGUCUACAGCAUGGAAAUUUAGACUUUUUUCUCAAUCCAUCAGGCUUGUUGCAAUGACCUAACUAAAUGUAAUUAUUUACUGAAACCUUUAAUACCGGAUUAUUUGGUGCUUUUUCCGAAUCAUUGUGAUACGUAAUAUUUAUUAAGAUGAACAAUUGGCGAAAUAACAAAAGGAUAACAUCAAACAAGCCAAUCCAUCAACAAAAUGCAAUUCAAACUCAUCCCGAGUCUCACAAUUCAACCUUCUAUUCAUUAUCACAGAAAUCAAAUCACCAUCAUCCUUCAAUUAAUGAACAAAGUACUUUUGAUCGAUCCGUUUUAAUGCCACUUGAUCCGUCCAUCAUGUUGGCCACUUUUAAAAAUCACUGGUACCAAACAUCACACAUCAUGACCACUAAGACAGCAACCUCUAAUGGAUUCAAUCCACAAGUGCCAAAAUCAAAAUUAAUAACCUCAGAUGAUAUAUCAAGUGUUGUGAAUAAUAUAGAUCAAAUGAUAGCCUUGCUUCUUCGUGAAGCCAAUAAUUUCAAAAGCACUGAAACAAACAAUGCCAAUACAGGUUCCUUUCAACCUACAACAAAUUCAAUUUUAGAUUACUUUUUAAAGGAAAAAAUUUUAACAACCAUUUUCAAUUGGGGCCGGGACGUUGGAGAGUUUACCAACACUAUGAAACUUGAGCAGCUUAAAAUUUACGAACUUCUGAUAACUCAAUAUAAUAAAACUGAUUGUAUCUUUCAACCUUCAGUAAUUAAACCAUUACACAAGCUUCUGUCUACUUGCAGUAAAACCUGUCCUUUGGAAGUUGAAAAGAGGCUUGUUGUGCUGCUCAAUACAAUUUGUUCUUGCAUUGGACAAAAUAAUCAUUUAUUGAAAUUAUUUUUUAUUCCUGAUGACGAUCAUCAAACCAAAACAAAUGAAAAUUGCACUGAAGUCAAUAGUGAUAUUAAACCAGCCUAUUUUCAAGAUCGUAAAGAAGUGGAAUCAAGAUUUCUAGUAUUUUCACUUCUUUUGUCGUUUGUCCACCGUGAAGGUAUUAUUGGUCAACAAGCAAGAGAAGGCUUACUCCAGAUUAUGCCAAUCUCUCAAACCAAUGAAGCUCUUAGUCAAUAUAUUGCCAACUAUAGUAAUCUUUGUCCAGUCAUGGUUACCAUUUUAAGUGGGCUAUACUCAUCUUUGCCCAGAAAAUUGACUUCUCUUAACGAUCGAAUCCAAAUUAUUGAAGAAGAUAUUCAUGAAAAGUUCGAACUUCAAAUUUUCUUAAGUGCAUUAGACUUCUGUAAUGCAGUGGUACAAAUGUCUCAUCCCACGAUCAAGAAACAAAUGGUUGAUCUUAUCUUUCAAGGUUUCUUGGUGCCAGUCAUUGGUCCAGCUCUACAUGAGGAAAUGAAUAUACCUCUUGAUAUAUUGGAGAACACAUCAAAGCACUCGGAUACUGUUCAACAAAUAAUCACCACAACUGCAUAUCUUGAACUAUGUUUGCGCCGAGUAACUGAGCCAGAUUUGUUGAAAAUAUUUCUCAAAUUUGUAUGCGUUGAAAAAUUUGAUGAAAACCGUAUUUUAAAUACUCUAAUUGCAAGGAUUCAAGCUACAACCAAGUUGAGUCUCAUAACUCUGGUAUUGAUCCGUACCAUUAUAGACCUUGAUUGUGAAGAUGUUAUCCUUGAAUUGUUACUAAGAUAUCUCAUUGAUUGUAAAAACAUUUUUGAUGACAAACACGAUAAUGACUGCGGAUCGGAUACGUCUUUGCAAUUUUUAAACUCUGUAAAAAAGCUUUUCACCCUCGUGCCAACAUUCAGUCAAGUAUCACUUCGUUCAUCGUUAAAUGUUAACAAUGAUCCGUUAUCAUAUCAAAAUCAAUAUGAGCAAAAGGCAAUUUCAACUCUCUCUCAUGUUCAAACUGAUUACUUUGCAAAUUAUUUCAAUUACCUGGAUGAAGCUCACACAGCAAUAUUAAGUUGCAAACAAAAAACCCAUUCCUGGAUCAGCAAAUAUGAAACAAAAAGCCUCAAUGGUACAAAUGACAGUCAAAUUGUCUCGCCACCAUCAGAUUCUGGAAUCUUUUUAACCACCAGUUCGUCAUCUAACCUGGACAGCCAAAAGUUUGCCACCGAUUGCAAUGAUCAAUCACUAUUCGAAUCAUGUCACAAUAGUGAAGCCGAAAUAAUUGGACCUUUCCUUUCUAAUCUUCUCUCUCGCCUAUCACAACUACCAUUUAAUGAUUUUCAUGUCAAUUUACAAUUAACUGGACUGAUUACUCGUCUCGCAACCUUUCCAGAAUUUCACCUGAAAUCUCUUUUUUUAAACUGUGACCUCAAACUGCAUAGAAAUGUUCGCAGUUUAUUCUCUAUUUUAAAUGCUCUGAAGAAACAACUGGAAGAAAUGUCAACGAAAAUUGAUGAUUUUCACGAACAAUAUGUUAAAGAGAAACAAAAUUUAUCAUUAUCAACUCUACCCGGCAGAAGAAACGGCUCUGUUCUCAGUGAAGGAUCAGAUACACUCUCAACUAAAUCAAAUUCUGAUAAAAAAGCAGGUAAAAAAAGGCGAAGUUUCAAAUCAUUUUUGCCCUGGGUUAACAGUAAUCCUAAACUUCAAGAGUGUCCAUCCUUAGAGUCUCUUGACAAUGGAUAUAAGUUCAUCAAUAAAAAAGUUUUUAUUGAAGAAGACGAAGGAAUUGAUGGAUCUUCUAAAGCAUCUGAAAACCUACGAAUCAUUCAUGCUGCCAUUGUUUUUGAGGAAUUCGUGAAAGAACUCGCUGCAAUAUCACUUGAGCAUUAUUUACUUUCCGACAUAGAUCCAGAUCAAUCUCAUUAUUAUGAAUUGAUAUCCCAAAACUAUUUGAUGAACUUUAUAUCUUGACUUAAGUCUCGUCAAACUAAUCAAUACAUCGAUCAAGCUGUAAUUAGUAAAUGAUUUAUCUGAGAUUAAGAUUAGGGCUAAACAGAAUGUGAAACGCUCGACAAAAUUUACAGAUAGAUUUGUAAUGUAAAUACAAAAUUGUUUAUAGCCAUGUUUAAAAUGUAAACUUAUUUGAUUGAAACAUUCAAAAAAUUAAACAAGUUUCUUUUACUAAGCC